AAAUCAGUGAAAAUCGUUGCCUCGUCGUGAGCGGUUGUCUCUGCCUUCUAGCCAAGCCCAGACCUGAGACCCUCUGUUACCAGAGUUGGUAACACGAAAGAGCGUAAACCGUCGUCGAACCAAACAACAACUUGAAGCGUGCAGCCAAAGCGAACCACUGGAUUAUCGCGCACGUUUCACAAACAAUCUAAAUCUAAAAUACGAAAAACCAACAACACACACUAAACAAAAGUUUUAUUUUACAAUACACUGCCACUGAAAUAUUUUAUAUAUAUUUUACAAAUUGGCCAAAUGUGACAAAACAUAAAAUUGUUUGCAAAUUCGAAAAAGUGAAACAGUGACAAACUCAAACUCAAAACACAUCACACAAAGAAAAACGAAACAUUGCUUUUUAAGUUCAGUUCAUCGGGGGAAAAAACCAGAAAUUGUUGCUAAACAAUCUUCAAAGAAAAACAAAAACGAACUAUGGAAAACUGAAAGAAACCGAGGAAAACUCCGAAACAAACGAAACAGCAGAACAGAGAGUGAGAGAGAGCGAUAGCUAACGCAGCAACAGAAAACAAAAAAGAAAACUCGACCAAGAUGCAGAGACACGCGAUGAUUGCCCUGGUGGCCAUCUGGGGCAUCCUGGCCAGUAUGGGAGUGGAGCCGGCGGCGGGCUUGGCCAACUGCCCGCCGGGCUGCCAGUGCGACGACAACACCCUGGUGGUGCAGUGCGGCGAGGGGCAGCUGGACGUGCUGCCCAUUGCGCUGAAUCCAUCCAUCCAGCGACUGGUGAUAAAGAGCAACAAGAUCAAGACCAUCGACUCGUCCAUCCAGUUCUACGCGGAGCUGACCUUCCUGGACCUGUCCUCGAACCACCUGAUGACCAUCCCGCAGCGCACCUUCGCCUACCAGAAGAAGCUGCAGGAGGUGCAUCUGAACCACAACAAGAUCGGCCAGAUCAGCAACAAGACCUUCAUCGGUCUGUCGGCGGUGACUGUCUUGAAUCUGCGGGGCAACCAGAUCUCGGAGCUGCAUCAGGGCACCUUCUCGCCUCUGCUAAAGAUCGAAGAACUGAAUCUGGGCGAGAACCGCAUUGGCUUCUUGGACCCCAAGGCUUUUGAUGGACUCACCCAGCUGAGGAUUCUCUAUCUGGACGACAAUGCCCUGACCACAGUGCCCGAUCCCGUCAUCUUCCAGGCCAUGCCCAGUCUGGCCGAGCUCUUCCUCAGCAUGAACACCCUGCAGAGCAUUCAGUCCGGAGCCUUCCAAGAUCUGAAGGGUCUUACCCGACUGGAGCUGAAGGGCGCCAGUCUGCGAAACAUCUCGCACGACAGCUUCCUGGGACUGGAGGAGCUGCGCAUUCUGGACCUCUCCGACAAUCGCCUGCAGCGUAUUCCGUCCGUAGGCCUCAGCCAGCUGGUUCGUCUGGAGCAGCUCUCCCUGGGACAGAACGACUUCGAGGUGAUCAGCGAGGGUGCCUUCGUGGGCCUGAAGCAGCUGAAGCGUCUGGAUGUGAAUGGAGCCCUGAAGCUGAAGCGUGUGAUGACAGGAGCCUUCGGAGCCAAUGGUAACCUGGAGUACCUGAACCUCUCGUCCAACAAAAUGCUCGUAGAGGUCCAGGAGGGCGCUCUCAGUGGUCUGCCCCAUCUGCGACAUGUGGUGCUCAAGGCCAACGCUUUGACCUCGCUGGCCGAGGGUCUGUUCCCCUGGAAGGAUUUGCUUACUCUCGAUCUGUCAGAGAAUCCCCUUUCCUGCGACUGCCGUGUCAUGUGGCUGCACAACCUGCUGGUGUCCCGGAAUGCCACUCAGGAGGAGGUCUCCGAGCUAAUGUGCGAGUUCCCCGAACGUCUGCGUGGCGAGUCGCUGCGUCAUCUGAAUCCCGCUCUGAUGGGCUGCUCCCAUACCGAUCCCCGCAAGCAGGCACUGAUUGGAGCCUUGCUUGUGGGAUCCGCUGCCACGAUCACCGCCCUGGCUCUGGUUCUGUACCGUUGCCGCCACAAGAUCCGGGAGACCAUCAAGGGUGGCCUGCUGGGCAACUCUGCGCUGGGCCGCAAGGAGCGCGAGUACCAGAAGACCUUCUGUGACGAGGACUACAUGUCGCGCCACCAGCAUCAUCCCUGCUCCCUGGGCAUCCACUCCACCUUCCCCAACACCUACACUGCGCCUCAUCAUCCAGGAGGAGCACAUCACUACGGCAUGUGCCCCAUGCCAGUGAAUGAUCUGGGAGGAGCUGUGGAUCCGCAGCAGAAGUUCCAGCAAUUGGCAGUGCCCACGGCCACGAUGGUCAGCGAGAAGAAGUUGAACAACAACAAGGUUAUGGCAUCGCAGGGAGCUGUGGAUGAUAGCGCCUCCUUUGUGCUGCACAUGAAGACCGCCACCAUGGGCAGGGAUCCGCACCAGCAGCUGAAUCACUACACCAAGCCGCAGUUCCUCUCGGCCACGGCAGCCGUUGGUGACUCUUGCUACUCCUACGCCGAUGUGCCCCUGGCUAUGCCCAUGGUGCAUGGAGGGUCGAGUAAUCAGCCCCAGUUGCGUCUCACCCAGGAGCACUUCAAGCAGCGCGAGAUGUAUGACCAGGAGCAGCUGGGCGGCGGCGGUGGUAGCGAGAUCUUGGAUCCCAACUACAUCUACAGCAACACGCACUACUCAAUGCCGCUGGAGCAGCUGGGCAGGAGCAAGACGCCCACCCCGCCCCCAGUGCCGCCAGCAUUGCCCCUGAGGAAUGGCCUUUGUGCCACCACCGGACGCCGCUCCUUUCAGCACAAGGUGUCUGCCCAGCAGCAGAAUAACAACACUCUGCGCCAGUUCACGCACUGAUCCGCGACCUACCGACGUCGCCAGCUGAGCAUCUACGCUUAGUCGGAGUCCGAGCUGCCCACCACUGUGAUGCCAAAGGAGCCCAAGGAGCCCCAGUCCCGCCCGUAGACCCCACUAUUGGCUAAGUAGGUUUAAGGAAGACACUGUAAUAGCUGUAGCCUAGAGCAUAAGUCAGAGAAGUCCAGCCUGUACAUACCUUUUCCAGCACUAUUUCGAAUCUAAAGGAUCUCUUCACUUCUGUCAGCACUUUGCCACCCAGCAACUGUUUUCCCCCCCGUAAAAUAAUUACCAAUUAAUUAACCAAUAAGCUGAAUUGUAACAUAUAUAUACGAGUUUUGAUAAACUAAAGACAACAAAGCACUGAGAGUCAUUGUAAGCUUAAUUUUAACUUAUUUAAUUUAUUGUUAAAUGCAAGAAAAUCGAAUCAACUGCAAGCCACUAUUUAUGUAUUAGUUAGACAAGAAAUUUAUGCAAAUUUAAGCGAUAAAAAAAAAAGAAAACAAAAAUAACAAAAAAACAGAGAACGAAAAA